AAGAAAAUUUUUUUUGGAUCUCCAAGGACCUUUGAAUCUUAACUGAUCCGCGGUGGAACGAGACCCCGCGCGCUUGCGAGCGCGGGUUGGAGCAGCUGGAAGAAGCCCGCAACCGCAACCGGCGGUUCGAUUCAAGUUCGGAUGGAGCCUGGCGGGGCUGCGACUGCGUGGCGCGGGGCAGCGGUGGAGCCCUGAGCCCACGGUGCGGGGUGGCGCGGGGCGCACGGCUGCGCCUUUUGUGUGUGGGGCGCGAGCGCUCGGGCGGCGGGGCUGUUUUCCAUCUCACGCGGUAGCCCAGACGCUUCGCAGAUGUUAGUUCACAGUUUUUCAGCGAUGGACCGCCACGACGGCACCAGCAACGGCACCGCGCGGCUGCCCCAGCUGGGCUCUGUAGGUCAAUCUCCCUACACCAGCGCCCCGCCGCUGUCCCACACCCCCAAUGCCGACUUCCAGCCCCCUUACUUCCCCCCGCCCUACCAGCCCAUCUACCCGCAGUCGCAAGAUCCUUACUCCCACGUCAACGACCCCUACAGCCUCAACCCCCUGCACGCCCAGCCGCAGCCGCAGCACCCCGGCUGGCCCGGCCAGCGCCAGAGCCAGGAGUCGGGGCUCCUGCACGCGCACCGCGGGCUGCCGCACCAGCUGUCGGGCCUGGACCCGCGCAGGGACUACCGGCGCCACGACGACCUCCUGCACGGCCCGCACGGCCUGGGCUCCGGCCUCGCCGACCUCCCGCUCCACGCCCUCCCGCACGCCAUCGACGACGUCCCGCAUGUGGAGGACCCGGGUAUUAACAUCCCAGAUCAAACUGUAAUUAAGAAAGGCCCCGUGUCGCUGUCCAAGGCGAGCGGCAACGCCGUGUCCGCCCUCCCCAUCAACAAGGACACCCUCUUCGGCGGCGUGGUGAACCCCAACGAGGUCUUCUGCUCGGUUCCGGGGCGCCUGUCGCUGCUCAGCUCCACCUCCAAGUACAAGGUCACGGUGGCGGAAGUGCAGCGGCGCCUGUCGCCGCCCGAGUGUCUCAACGCGUCGCUGCUGGGCGGAGUCCUAAGGAGGGCGAAGUCUAAAAAUGGAGGCAGGUCUCUGCGAGAAAAGCUGGAUAAGAUCGGCCUCAACCUGCCGGCCGGGCGGCGCAAAGCAGCCAACGUCACCCUCCUCACCUCUCUAGUAGAAGGAGAAGCUGUUCACCUCGCCAGAGACUUUGGGUACGUGUGUGAGACCGAAUUUCCUGCCAAAGCAGUGGCCGAGUUUCUCAACCGACAACAUUCGGACCCCAGUGAGCAAGUAACGAGAAAGAACAUGCUUCUGGCCACCAAGCAGAUCUGCAAGGAGUUCACGGACCUGCUGGCCCAGGACCGCUCUCCGCUGGGGAACUCGAGGCCGAACCCCAUCUUGGAACCGGGGAUCCAGAGCUGCCUGACCCACUUCAACCUCAUCUCUCACGGCUUCGGCAGCCCGGCCGUGUGCGCCGCCGUCACGGCCCUGCAGAACUAUCUCACCGAGGCCCUCAAGGCCAUGGACAAACUGUACCUCAGCACCAAUCCCAACAGCCACCCCGACAGCAGCGCCAAGAGCGGUGACAAAGAGGAGAAGCACCGCAAGUGAGGGCACCAGAGGCCGCGGCCACCCCAGCUCGGACCAGCACCCUGAUUGCUGCUACUGCUGUCACCGCUUGCCCCCCCACAGGCCGGCCUGCCUCGACCUCCCCACCCGGCUCUGGAGCCCACGGGAACAGAGCAGCAGGCCACGAGGAGGCCGGCGUCCCGGCAAGACGUUCCCAUGCGUGUUUGUGAACAUUCUUUGCUUUUCUGGAAAGAAAGGAAAAAACAAAAACAACCCGCAGACAAUACAUGACAACACACACACACACACACACACACACACACAAUUUUAAAACUUUUUUUCUAAAAAAAAAAAUAAAUAAAAGAACAGAAAAAUGCAAAAAAAUUAAUAAUAAUAAUAAUAAUUGCUCUGAGCUGCCUGGGAUGGAGAGCCGCGUCCGUCUGUCCGUCCACCCGUUUGUCCGUCCGAUCGUAGCCAUACUCCGAGAAAACGAGGCUAAGAGAACGAGGAGCUUUUUAUCAGUAUUGUGACGCACGUGGGCGCGAGGCCCAUGUGUCCUCGUCGAGGUAAAGCGACCGACCCCGGACUGUCCUCACAAGCACGGUGUACCCCUCGGCCAGGGAGUCCGUGUUGGCGUAUCUGUAGAUAUUUAUUUAUGUGUAAUUUAAUGGGAAUUGUAAAUAUGCUGAGUGUUGGAAGCCCCCAGCCCUUUUUUUAUUUAUCUGGUGAUCUUGUUUACCUCUUCUGCUUAGUGGUUUGGACUCCCCUCUUGAUUUCUUCAUGUGGCUCUUGUUUCUUCUUAUCUUGAGAUCCAAGGUUUGGGGACCCCCUGCCUUCUGGGAUUCACGAAUUUUCGCCCCGUUGUAGCAUGUUAAAGAAAGCUGACGAUGAAACAACUGAACAACAACAAAAAAAUUUUUUUGAAAGGCAAAAUAAAAUUUUAUAUAUAAUUAGUAUUACAAGUGAGCUUUUUAUUGAACCGAGAGAAACAAAAAUCAAAACCAAACCAAACAAGGGUUUCUUAUUUUAGGAAGUGGGUGACGUGGUUGGUCACUCCUUUGGAGUGUUGGGGGGAGAGGAACAGCAGCAAUGAGAAAAAUAUUUUUAUUUCCCCCAACGUCCUCCUUUCUAAGCAUUAUUUGAGCAAUAAACGAAGGUUGUCUUGAAGCCAGGGGUGAGGGACUUCUCCUCCCGCCCGCUCUCCAUCUCUUUUUGUUCCGGCAACUUCCAGCAUUGGGGGGACCACCUGGCUUUCUGUAUUUUCACUGGCCACUUGGGGCCCUGCCCUCCCGUGUUGGAUUGGGCUGGCUUGGCACCCGUCUCCGUGUCUGUCAAUGUAUCAUAGUCCUUUGUUGCCCAGAUAAAUAAAUAUUUGAUACGCUUUAUGUCGAUUUUUUUUUAUUCAGUGGCUGUCUUUACCCGGGCGUCUUUUUGUUCUUGGCAGUAUUUUUUAUUCAGUAUGGUUACAGUAAUUGAGUUUAACUCUCCCUGGGCAAUUGCUCCUUGCAAUAAGCAGCUGAACCUAUUGUUUCCCACAAGUAUAAUAAAAACUUACUUUCAACUUGGA